AGUGUCCUGGCGCCCGGCCAGCCUGACACAGAUGGGAGCUCACAUGAUUCUGCCUCAGCCCUGGAAUGGGCAGCUUCCAGCUGGGAUUUUUUAGACCGAGCUGGGAAGCUCUGUCUGCUGGAAAUUGCCAGAGUUGGAGCAAGGUUCUGGCUGCUGAAGCCACCACACCAGGGUCCUCUGAGCAGGGCUAGGUCUCCUCCCCCCAGUCCUCUUCAGAGCUGCUGAGGAAGCAGGGCUGUUUGAGGCUUGAGGGCAGAGCUCUGCUCAGCAGGCAGUCAGGAAGGACUGAAUUCAAACUCCCCUUUGCUGCCACUCACUGCCAGCUCCUCACCUGGCUGCGGAGACUGAGACGACCAUUUUCCUGGGGUCAGUCCAGCUGUUUGCAAACUGGAGAUCGUGACCCAUGAGUGGGUCAGGAAACCAACUUAGUUGCUCAUGACCUGCAUGUAGACGACUGGAAAUGACUGGGAUGCAGCACCUGUCGUGGGGGCCUCCCCCGGUACCCAGGAAGCACAGCUGGACCUGCUCCCGCCCAAGCAAGAUGGCCGGAGAGAGACAGGCCCUCUCCCUGAGCCCAUGACGGCCCCCCAGGCCCGAAGAUGGGGAACGUCACUGGCGACAACGCCUCGCUGCCCACCUGUGCCAUCGACCACACCAUCCACCAGACGCUGGCCCCGGUGGUCUACGUCACCGUGCUGGCAGUGGGCUUCCCGGCCAACUGCCUGGCCCUGUACUUCGGCUACCUGCAGGUCAAGGCCCGGAACGAGCUGGGCGUGUACCUGUGCAACCUGACGGUGGCCGACCUCUUGUACAUCUGCUCGCUCCCCUUCUGGCUGCAGUACGUGCUGCAGCAUGACCACUGGUCGCACGGCGACCUGUCCUGCCAGGUGUGCGGCAUCCUCCUGUACGAGAACAUCUACAUCAGCGUGGGCUUCCUCUGCUGCAUCUCCGUCGACCGCUACCUGGCCGUGGCCCACCCCUUCCGCUUCCACCAGUUCCGCACCCUGAAGGCGGCCGUGGGCGUCAGCGUGGUCAUCUGGGCCAAGGAGCUGCUGGCCAGUGUCUACUUCCUGCUGCACCAGGAGGUGGCGGUGGACGAGGACCGGCACCGGCUGUGCUUCGAGCACUACCCGCUGCAGCAGUGGCAGCGGGGCAUCAACUACUACCGCUUCCUGGUGGGCUUCCUCUUCCCCAUCUGCCUGCUGCUGGUCUCCUACCAGGGCAUCCUACGGGCCGUGCGCCGCAGCCACGGCACCCAGAAGAGCCGCAAGGACCAGAUCCAGCGGCUGGUGCUCAGCACGGUGGUCAUCUUCCUGGCCUGCUUCCUGCCCUACCACGUGCUGCUGCUCGUGCGCAGCCUCUGGGAAUACACCUGCGACUUCGCCAAGGGCAUCUUCAACGCCUACCACUUCUCCCUCCUCCUCACCAGCUUCAACUGCGUGGCCGACCCCGUGCUCUACUGCUUCGUCAGCGAGACCACCCACAGGGACCUGGCCCGCCUCUGCGGGGCCUGCUGGGCCUUCCUCACCUGCUCCAGGACCGGCCGGGCCCAGGAGGCCUCGGGGAAGACCGAGGAGCCCGAGCUGUUGACCAAGCUCCACGCAGCCUUCCAGCCCCCUAGCUCGCCCGCACUGGGAGGGCCCCCCGCGGGGGCGCUGGCCUAGCGGGGGGGGUCACCCCUGGCGGGGUGGAGCUCUGUCCGGGCUUGCUCACCUGCUUUGCCACCAGACAGAGGUGGCUCUUCUGCUGGAGGGAGCCGCGGGCCUAGGCCCCAGCAAGACCCCUCUAGGUGCAGGGAGCCUGCCUUAGCUUGCUGAGCCCCGAAGGUGUUAGCCUCAGCCCCGUCAGCUCGUGGGAGUCGUCUGCUGCCGGCCAGGCUGCUGGUGGGGGAACGUGGUGGAGUAACUUCCUCCCGGAAGUGGUCAGGAAGGAGCUGGGGGGAGGGGCAUGGACUGAGGGGCCUCAGUAUGGGAGAUCGGGAGAGGAGGGUGGGGACCUGAGCGCACACCUGCUGGGCCUUCCCAUGCCGUGUUGGCACACCUGGCACCUGGCCUGAAGUCGUGUGGUCUGAGGAGGGGAGGCUGAGCUGUCUUCACUAACACUGGAGACCCAUCCCACACAGGGUGGGAAGGGAGAUGAGCAGAGUUAGGAGGUUGGAGGGGGAGGAGCGGUGGGGAGACCUUUGGGCAUUGGGAGGACGGGGUUGGGCAGGGCAGGGGAGGAGAGUGACAAGCAGGAGAGACCCUGCUCCAGCCAUUUCACAGAGAGAGUAGAUGCCUCAAGCCCUGGAGUACCAGGGCCAGUGGCACUCAAGGGUCAGGACAGGGGCCCAGAGACAGUGUCGAGUGGGGUUCGUUACACAGAUCUGUUUGCAUCUGCCCAGAAGCAAAAGGCCCAGAAGUCUGGUAUGUGUGUGUGUGUGCACAUGGUUAAAAUGCCAGGAGUCCAUGACAGCCAUGUGCCAAGACACAGAAGCUAGGGUUACAUGACCGCUGGUUGUGUCCACCCCAGCCUCUGGAGUAUUUCUGCAUCUUGGAGAAGCAUGACUUUCUCCGGGAGUUUCCAGACACAGUAAAACAAACACAUCAGAGAUGCACACUCGGGCAUCUCUCGCCCAAGGGCCUGGGGUUCCAUUCCACUAUGGCCUCAAGAGCCCCUGGGACAGGAAAGGGCUGCCUGGGUCACCUCUCCCCAUUGUUCGCCAGCCUGCCCCUCUGCAGAGCUGUCCCACCUCGCCCACCCGACGGUGACGUGGCCAUGGGCCGUGAUGCCGAGGUGCUGGCCGCCAUCUUUCACUAUGUCCUGGAAGGGAUAGGCUCAUCUCUCCGACAAAUGCACGGUUGCCCGUGUAGAGCCCCCACUCCGGUGAACAACCAAGGAGUAGAAGAGCUGCUUGUACCUCAGGAGACCUCCCGGCCAGCUUCACAGCUUUCCUGACUCGUGGGCUGGGGCAGCUCCGACCUCCCGCAAAGUCCUGGGGUUUGAGCUCCUCACCACCAAGGGAUUGGGUGGGAUUGAUCCUGAGGAGGGACCAGGUACAGGGAGGGAGAAGCUGGCAUCUACUAAAAGCAGGGUCCAAGCUCUUCCUCAACCUCCCUCCUCCUCCCUUUUCCCUUCCCGAAGAGCUAGAUCUACCCCGAGUUUCUUAACCCUCCACUCAGUGUUCCCCAGAGGUACAUAACCCAGUAACCCAGGCUGGAUGUACCCCAGGAAAGUAAGGUUACUGGGGUCCCAGCGCACACUUGGCACUGACUGGGCAGCCUGUGGCCCAGCUCCUACAGGCACUUCUGAUAACCUGGGAACUUCCCUGCAGGAGGAAGGGAUCAGGUCUGAAGGUGCAGAAAUAGCCACAGUGAAAAGCACAGACCAUGCUGAGCCAGGGAUCUUACUGGAGCGACCGCCGAGCCCCCCAAGCUUCCUCAUUCCACAGUAUUUCCUCCUAUUGUAACCUUAAAUGUGGGUGUUCCCACUGGGAUGGACAGGGAUAAACUAAGGGCGGUUCCAUUUACUCUCAAGAGUUGUAUUUUUGUACUGUCCUCUCUUUGAUUCCAAGUUUGCGUGUGUUAGAUUGUGCAAUUUACGUAGCAAACUUGAGUCUGAAAUAAAGCAAUGUAACC